CGCAGCACAUCAGUCUCCCCGCGCUUCACUACCGAACGACAGGAGAUCCUGAAACAUCUUUUGUUUUGUGCAGCAGACAGAGCUUCAUUUUCUCCAUCAUGGUUGAGCAGUUUGCUGGGACCUGGACUCUGGCUGCCAGCGAGAACUUCGAUGACUACAUGAAGGCGAUCGGUGUGGGCUUCGCCACGAGGCAAAUGGGCAACAUGGUGAAGCCUAACCUAGUGAUCAGCGUGGGAGAUGGUGGUGUCAUUUCAAUGAAGUCUGAGAGUACUUUCAAGACCACAGAGGUCAAUUUCAAGUUGGGCGAGGAGUUUGAUGAGACGACUGCAGACGGCCGCAACACCAAGACCACCAUCACUUUUGAGAAUGGCAAACUCGUGCAGAAACAGGCGUGGGAUGGAAAGGCGACAACGCUGGAACGAGAGAUCCAAGACGGAAAACUAAUGGCUAAAUGUUACAUGGAUGAUGUUGUUGCAGUGAGGACCUAUGAGAAGCAGGCGUAACUUUAAGUUGGGCCUUUAACUCCAUCACCAUCACACCCUGAAUGCACUGAGCUUUUUUGCCAAACAUGCCAAUAAAAGUCUGAACUGUG